CAGCUGGUCUUUCCUGCUUUCCCUUCACAGCCUACCCGCACACCAGCAUCUUGUCGACCGACUACUGUCUUUUGCCGCCAAGAAAUCUCAGGCAAGGCAGGUCAACGUCGAACUUGGUUGUAUCCAAUAAUCCCCUGAGCCGUUACACACAUGGCCGGAGUAGCAGCAGCCUUCAGGAGCCUUAGCAGCCAUAAUGUUGUUCAGUACAUCCUUGCUGACAUUCCGUUCUUUUGCGUGGGCAUCCUGUCUCUUGGAGUCUUCACUUUCUUUAUCUUUAUGAAGCGGGCGGAUAGCCUGCUUUUCUGCCUCCAUAUGUCGGUCAUCAUCGCCUUUGUCUCCUCCAUCCUUGACCUCAUCCAACUCCUCGUCCGCGGUGCCGCGAACGUUAACAAUAACGCCGAUCUCUCGAGUGUCUCUGGGCUGACCAGUGUGCGCGAAGUAGGCUUCGCCCUCUCCUUCGGGCUGCGGUUCCUCUUCUUCUGGGGCUUCGUUGCGCAACCUCCUCCGGGCGAGUCGCGACCCGAGGGUAACAAUACCCUCCACAACGGUAGCUGGCGCAGAUGGGGCCUGCUAGGCCUCGUACUAGAGAUGUUCACCCUCGCCUUGGUCCUCAUUGACCCUGUUCUGCAGAUUCUAUACCGCCUCAUCACGUCCUUGCACAAGAUAGGUCCAUUGUAUGAGGUUGAGUCGACUAUCCAGGUCAUCCUAUCUGUUGUCUUCAUCUUGAAGAUCUUCCUGAACUGCUGGGUCAAAAUGCUCGUGAACGAGAACGCGGUGCCUAUACGCAAGGCUCUUGCCGGAUAUUCCGCUGUGAUCACCGCUCUCGUGAUUAGCGGACUGAUUGGCAUCGGAAACAUCGCCAUGUUCGAGUUCUCCGAGACAAUCGCGGGGCGUUUCCUACAAGCCGUCGAGUUCUACAUCCUCAUCGUCUUCAUGCUCAGCUAUGCAUUCUACCACUUACGCCGCCGAUCGUGGAAUGACGCCUCGAAACCCAAGCAGCAGCAAUCGGGACAACCGUCCCCGGUCCAGUAUAUGGGAUCCUUCCGUGGUCUGCCCGACUUCAAGCCCGAGAUUGGUCGUCCUGUAAUCUCUUCGCCUGAGCUGUUGCAGGUCAUCGGGCGAGACGUGGAUGCGAACAACCGCCGGCCAACGCUCCUGCAGCGAGCGUCGGCAGCGUCGCGGAUGUCUUCGUGGAUGAACAUCCGGAGGCUUUCCGAGCGAGUAACUGGUCGGUCUGCCGUUCCUUCUCCCGAUUUGGAGAAGGCGCGCUUGUGGUACCAUGACCAGGCGGGACGCAGCAAUACGGAGGUCAACGCUCCCCCGCGAGACUCCGCAAUCGACGUCGACACCCCGCGCUCGGCGACGCAGCUCAGACAAAGUCCUUGGCAGGACCCGGUAUACACCUCGGUACUACCAAUGGCAUCCUCGACCUCCAUAAAGUCGGCGUCCCCCGAUGCGAUGCUCAGCUAUUAUGGGGGCGACCGGGCAGCCUCAUCCGUCGCGCUCGACGCCCGCCAGAGCGGCGUCCUCAGUCGCGCGUUCUCACCGGACGCACCCGAGCUGACAGUCCCUCCACUUACCCACUCCCGAUCCGCCACCAUUGACCAGAGCGUCGACGAUGCGACCUUCGCCAUCUACGAGGAGUCCCCGCGCUCCGCAAUCGGCUCGGCACUCUCUGGGAUCGACGAGAUCAUCGACGGCUACGACGAGGGCGGCCUCCGGCCGCCUUCAGGCCUUAUCCGCUCUGCACGCUCCUCCCGCAUCUCGGAGCUCAUCCGGCAACAGGAGGAGCUCGACAAGUCGAUCGUCGCCCUCCGACUGUUCUCGCCCGCGGGCAGCAACGAUUCGGGCGACUCGCGCCCGAUGUCGUUUUCGACGUCGAUGAUGUUGAGCAACCGCCCGCCGUUCUUGACGGAGAGGAGCAAUAGCAGCAAUGACACGCGCGCGACGAGGAGCACGCUGACCAGCGACCUGUCACUGAGCAAUUUCCCGGACCCGCCGGGGACGAGCGUCGCUGCCGAGGCACCGCCUAUGCCUCCGCUGAGCCGGGAUAACAGUACGCGCUCGCGGGCGGAGGAUGUGAUGCUGAGGCCGGAGAGCAUUUUUGUCCAGUCAGAACCUCCUGCAGCGAAACGGCCGUUGUCGAGGCCGGACUCGCCGACGAUAGUCACGGCAGAUGAUGGCCUCCAGCUCAAUAGCAGGAGUCCUUCCCAGGCCUUGGAACCUGACGACCCUACGAUGCUCGUACCUGGUAUUAGGAACCACGUCAACUCAGGAGGGACUCAGUAUGAGAUUACCUCUUUCAUUGGCAGACUGACCCAAGAACCGGGAUCAUUCGGAUCCUCAUCCGUUCUCGCCGGCCCCGAUGAUGGGACGUUCGUACCUCCAUUCGCGCGGUCGCACGGCCCCUCGAGCAGCUACGGGUCAGCGCGCAGCCUCCGACCACUGGUCAUGCCGACUCGUGAUCCAUAUCAGCAUCUAUCUAUCGAGCAGACUGUACCCCAGUCAACGCGCAACUCGUCUGCUUCAGACGAGCAAAUCAACCCGGAAGGCCGCACGUCGCCGGGCUCUGCUCAAAGACGGACGUUCGCUGCGCCCGACGGCCGCUUCAGCAAGCCUGUAGGCCUGCCACCACGACCACGGUUAGGGACGAGCGCGAUGCGGGAGCAAUUAACACCCGUCGCGGAAAGUCCUAUACCUCCAUGAUGAGCCGAUCGUCCGUACCUUUCGUUACCGUGGUAUGUAUGUGACUGUAUGAUACAAUUUUGGCUAUGUGAGCGCUAUGGUCGCGCCUUGCCUC